AUGGCUGGCUUUCGUGGGGAUAUUCUCCGUCUGCUGCGCGUCAACGUCAACGCGUCCGGCAGUGUGUUUAUUGAUCACGACGGGGCGACUUGUGUACUGGACGACCAUCGCGACGGGAUCGCGCUGCAGCACGAGGAGGCGCUCGCGUCACUCGAGAGCGGCGAUGGCAAGCAGCAAGCAGCACGUACUACGCACUUUUGCCCGUGGGUAUGUGCUAGCUAUUGCGCUGCACUACACUGCGCUGCACUGCACUGCACUGCUCAUCUCCCUCCCUCCCUCCCUCCCUCCAUCUCCUCAGGCUUCUCCCCCCAGACCAGACUUCCGGCGGGAUUAGGGUAUGUAUUUUUGGAACGGGAGCUCAACUGGCAGCUGGCAGCUGGGCGAUGGGCGAUGGGCGGCUGCUUGAUGAAACCCCGAGCUGAUGGCGGGUCCUGGCUCCUGAGAGGCCUCGAUGCCGCGGCUUUUAGCGCCGUAAUCUCGCCCUUUGCCGACCUUGAAGCGCCGGCGAGAGAGAGAGAGAGAGAGAGCAGCAGAGAUGAUGACUUAGUCAGGGUGGGUGGGAAAUCCCCCCAGCUCCCUCCCCCAGAUGCCCCCGAUUCUGCCCUGUUCUGCCCUGUUCUGCCCCCCUUUCAUCUCAUCCGCCCUCCGCCGCCCUGGUCGUCCCGGGCGCUUCUUGCUCGCGUCGGACUCGCGUCUAGCGAGAAGGGCCUUCCGGGAGGUGAUUGGCUCGCCAGUACACGCCCAUCUCGCUCCGCCUCCCUUGCUCGCUUCCCGACGCGCCGCAUAUUGCCCGCAGGACGAACAAAGGCGAACCCUCCCCCAAGAACCCACCAAGAACCACCACGAGCGAGCAUCGCAAGAGUCAUCGUGCGGUUGCGCCUUUUCACUGGCCGUCCGUUUCCUCCCAUAUGUUUCGAGUUUCACGACCGUCCGUUUCAGGAGCCUCUGACUCAUUCUCGACUGUUCAUGUCUCCACUUCCCCCAUCUUUAUUUAUGCACAUCGGAUGA